AUGAUUGUGGACUUCAGGAAGAGCACUGUCCCCCCGCCCCCACCCUCGGUGAUGGACUCCCCCAUCACCUCUGUGGAGUCCUUCCGUUUCCUGGGCACCACCAUCACCCAGGACCUCAAGUGGGAGCCGACCAUCAGCUCCCUCAUCAAGAAGGCCCAGCAGAGGAUGUACUUCCUGCGGAAGCUCAGGAAAGCCAAGCUGCCUGCACAGAUGUUGGUGCAGUUCUACACGGUCAUCAUCGAGUCCAUCCUCCCCUCCUCCAUCACCUCCUCCAUCACCUCCUCCAUCACCGUGUGGUUCGCUGGAGCCACAUGUCGUCAUUACGUCACGCCCUGCUCACUACGUCAGCACGUCACGCCUGUCCCCAUCUGGAGGACACCGCGGUGGACGCUCCGCAGCGGGACACGCGGAGACAAAGUGCAGUCUCCAGGUGAGGAGGGCGUGUCUCCACAGCCUGAUGAUGUCAUCCCCUGUGCCCGCCCCUCGCCGGUCGCCACGGCGUGGGAGGAGGUGCAGUGGGAGGAGGUGCAGUGGGAGGAGGUGCAGUGGGAGGAGGUGCAGUGGAUGGAGGUGCAGUGGCAGGAGGGGCAGUGGUUGGAGGUGCAGUGGGAGGAGGUGCAGUGGGAGGAGGUGCAGUGGAUGGAGGUGCAGUGGCAGGAGGGGCAGUGGUUGGAGGUGCAGUGGGAGGAGGUGCAGUGGCAGGAGGUGCAGUGUUUGGGUUACAGAGGAGGUGCCGUGGAUGGAGAUGCAGUGGCAGGAGAGGAGGUGCCGUGGAUGGAGGUGCAGUGGCAGGAGAUACAGUGGCAGGAGGUGCAGUGUUUGGGGUACAGAGGAGGUGCCAUGGAUGGAGGUGCAGUGGGAGGAGGUGCAGUGUUUGGGGCACAGAGGAGGUGCCGUGGAUGGAGGUGCAGUGGCAGAAGGUGCAGUGUUUGGGGUACAGAGGAGGUGCCGUGGAUGGAGGUGCAGUGGCAGGAGGUGCAGUGUUUGGGGUACACAGGAGGUGCCGUGGAUGGAGGUGCAGUGGCAGGAGGUGCGGUGGAUGGAGAUGCCGUGGCAGGAGGUGCAGUGUUUGGGGUACAGAGGAGGUGCCGUGGAUGGAGGUGCAGUGGCAGGAGGUGCAGUGUUUGGGGUACAGAGGAGGUGCCGUGGAUGGAGGUGCAGUGGCAGGAGGUGCGGUGGAUGGAGAUGCCGUGGCAGGAGGUGCAGUGUUUGGGGUACAGAGGAGGUGCAGUGGCAGGAGAUACAGUGGCAGGAGGUGCAGUGUUUGGGGUACAGAGGAGGUGCCGUGGAUGGAGGUGCAGUGGCAGGAGAUACAGUGGCAGGAGGUGCAGUGUUUGGGGUACAGAGGAGGUGCGAUGGAUGGAGAUACAGUGGCAGGAGGUGCAGUGUUUGGGGUACAGAGGAGGUGCCAUGGAUGGAGAUACAGUGGCAGGAGGUGCAGUGUUUGGGGUACAGAGGAGGUGCAGUGGGAGGAGGUGCAGUGGCAGGAGGUGCAGUGUUUGGAGUACAGAGGAGGUGCAGUGGGAGGAGGUGCAGUGGCAGGAGGUGCAGUGUUUGGGGUACAGAGGAGGUGCCGUGGAUGGAGGUGCAGUGGCAGGAGGUGCAGUGUUUGGGGUACAGAGGAGGUGCCGUGGAUGGAGGUGCAGUGGCAGGAGGUGCGGUGGAUGGAGAUGCCGUGGCAGGAGGUGCAGUGUUUGGGGUACAGAGGAGGUGCAGUGGCAGGAGAUACAGUGGCAGGAGGUGCAGUGUUUGGGGUACAGAGGAGGUGCCGUGGAUGGAGGUGCAGUGGCAGGAGAUACAGUGGCAGGAGGUGCAGUGUUUGGGGUACAGAGGAGGUGCGAUGGAUGGAGAUACAGUGGCAGGAGGUGCAGUGUUUGGGGUACAGAGGAGGUGCCAUGGAUGGAGAUACAGUGGCAGGAGGUGCAGUGUUUGGGGUACAGAGGAGGUGCAGUGGGAGGAGGUGCAGUGGCAGGAGGUGCAGUGUUUGGAGUACAGAGGAGGUGCAGUGGGAGGAGGUGCAGUGGCAGGAGGUGCAGUGUUUGGGGUACAGAGGAGGUGCCGUGGAUGGAGGUGCAGUGGCAGGAGGUGCAGUGUUUGGGGUACAGAGGAGGUGCCGUGGAUGGAGGUGCAGUGGCAGGAGGUGCGGUGGAUGGAGAUGCCGUGGCAGGAGGUGCAGUGUUUGGGGUACAGAGGAGGUGCAGUGGCAGGAGAUACAGUGGCAGGAGGUGCAGUGUUUGGGGUACAGAGGAGGUGCCGUGGAUGGAGGUGCAGUGGCAGGAGAUACAGUGGCAGGAGGUGCAGUGUUUGGGGUACAGAGGAGGUGCGAUGGAUGGAGAUACAGUGGCAGGAGGUGCAGUGUUUGGGGUACAGAGGAGGUGCCAUGGAUGGAGAUACAGUGGCAGGAGGUGCAGUGUUUGGGGUACAGAGGAGGUGCAGUGGGAGGAGGUGCAGUGUUUGGAGUACAGAGGAGGUGCAGUGGGAGGAGGUGCAGUGGCAGGAGGUGCAGUGUUUGGGGUACAGAGGAGGUGCAGUGGGAGGAGGUUUAACCCUCUCCGCGCUCUUCAGCCGAAACGCCGUCUGCAGAACGUCUUGUCGGGGGCGGGGCCAGCGGAAGGGGCGGGGCCAGCGGAGGGGGCGGGGCCAGCAAAGGGAGUUGGGCCAGCAGCCGACUGUGAUUCUACUUUGGCCACAGCUCCAUCAGCGUUUGAUUACUGCCGCUUCAUUGAGCUGGAUUAUGUCCCGAUGGAGAGCGGACACCAAUCCCACAGGUCUUCGACCAAAGCCAGAGUCCCUCAGUCAGCCCCGCCCGUUCCUUCUAAAGCCCCGCCCCUUCCCUCUAAAGCCCCGUCCCCUCUCUCCAGAGCCCAACCCCCUCCCAGGUCUGGCUCCCCGCGCUCGGGCUCUCCCCUCACGACCCGUGGAUCCCGGAGGACAGCGCCCCCUAGAGACACACAGAGCUGCAGCAGCUCCUCAGGGUCCUGCAAGGGCAGUGACUGCAGCCCCACCAAAGGGAGGCAGUUGCGGUCUUGCUCUGAGAACCAUGGGAUCCGCCCCCCUCCCCCAGAGCAGUACCUCACCCCCCUCCAGCAGAAAGAAGUCUGUAUCAGACACUUGAGGACCAGACUGAGGGAGACCAUCUGUGCCCUGGAGACCAGGGAUGGAGAGAUCGGCGACCUGAGACAGAGACUGUCCCAGAUGCAGGAGGACUGGGUGGAGGAGGAGUGUCAGCGAGUCGAGGCGCAGCUCGCCCUGAAGGAAGCACGAGCAGAGAUCCAGGCUCUGCAGCGCUCAGUGGGCGGGGUCACAGGGGGUGUGGCCAUGGGCGGGGUCACAGGGGGCGUGGCCAUGGUGGGGUCGGAGCUGGGAGCUGAGGACAUCGUCUUCCAGGACCUGGCGCCCAAUGGGAGGGGUGUGGCUAGGGCGGUAGGCUCUGCCCCCGCCUCUGUGUCUGCAGAGAGUCCUGUAGCUCCGCCCACAGCUCCUGGAGCUCCGCCCACAGCUCCCCUCACCCGCAGCUCGACCUACACCCGGUUGUCGGAGCGGGAAUACAGCUUGACCAAACACCACGACCACAACUCUGCCCGAGUCCACGACUACAGCGGCCAUCUUUACCCCUACAGCCAUCUCUACGGCGACACGCCCCUCCCCCUUCUCUAUGGGGACACACCACUCCCUCUUCCCCCUGGCUCCGCCCCUCAGGCCACAGGGAGCAGCGGCUGCGUCCCGAGCCGCGCAGACCUGCUGCUAGAGGCUGCGUUCCUGUCGGAGGAGACGGCGUCGUUACUGAACGCGUGCACUCAGACCUUCGCCUCUCUCCCCCCCCUCCCCCACUCACACACCCUCCCUCACUCCUUCCCUCGUUCUCGCCUCGCUCGCCCCCUCCCCCACUCCCUCACUCACUCCUCCACCUGCGAGGGGGGGCUGGGGGGAUGCUGCAGUCACCCGUGUCGCUGGCACCACCCUCUGGUCAUGAGGGAGGCGGGCAUUCAGACCGAGGGGGGAGGGGCCUGUAGUCCCACCUCCACUUGGUCCGACGAAUCAGGCUGCACUGCCCUGACGAUGGCCACUGAGCCCCUCCCCCAACGGGUGAGGGAGGAGGGAGGGGGGUUGGCGAGGUCAAAGACAAUCUGUGCCCUGGAGGGGGAGGAGCUUGACCAGGACAAAGCAGAUGACCUCGACUUAACCUACGCUGAUCUGGACGAUCUGAGCUGCUACGAGCUAACGCCGCUACCCAUGCCAACGACGCAACCGCUAACAACGCAACCGCUAAUGCCGCCACCGUUAAUGACGCAACCAUUAACAACGCAGCAGCUAACAACGCAACUGCUAACGACGCAACCGCUAACGACGCAACCGCUAACACUGCAUGUCAAUGAGGCUAACACUCAGGAGCUCGAGGUAGAGGAGCUGCUCGUCCCUGAGCGCAGCUACUGGAGCCGGCACUUCCUGGUGGACCUGCUGGCCGUGGUGAUCCCGGUCGUGCCCACGGUUGCCUGGUGGUGCCGCGGGUCGGGGGGGCUGGGGGGAGAGGGGGAGGGGCCAGGGGUGGAGGAGGAGGGGGAGGAAGUGCGGGAGCAGGGGGCGGGGACAUGUGAGGAGGGGGAGGAAGUGCGGGAGCAGGGGGCGGGGACAUGUGAGGAGGGGGAGGAAGUGCGGGAGCAGGGGGCGGGGACAUGUGAGGAGGGGACCUGGGAUAUUGAAGCGUCGCCAUCUUGUUCUUGUGUUGUUAUUCUACACCGCGUUAAAUAUGUCAAAGACCCGCCCCCUCAUUUUGAAACCCCGCCCCUCAGAGAAACAGCAUCAGGAGAAGCAGUCGGUCUGCCCCAGGAGGAGUCUCCCCCAGGAGGAGUCUCCCCCAGGAGGAGUCUCCCUCAGGAGGAGUCUCCCCCAGGAGGAGUCUCCCCCAGGAGGAGUCUCCCUCAGGAGGAGUCUCCCUCAGGAGGAGUCUCCCUCAGGAGGAGUCUCCCUCAGGAGGAGUCUUCCUCAGGAGGAGUCUCCCUCAGGAGGAGUCUCCCUCAGGAGGAGUCUCCCCCAGGAGGAGUCUCCUCCAGGAGUCAGGGCGUUCUCAGUCAAAAGUGCACUUAG